UCGCACGUGUUGGGCCGGCCGCGCCACCGGCCGCCCGUCUACUCGAGCGCCGUCAGCUCGCAGAACAAGACGGCCAGCACCAUGUUCAACACGCUGUCCAGGUACCUGCACCACCGCCGCUGGGUGUGGGAAAUGCAGGAGAGGCGCGGACCGUCCAUGUCCAUGACAGCCAUGGGCCGCAUCCUCUCCACCGUUGUCAAGUCCCGUUUGCAGGAGGGCUUCAGCUUCGCGCACUCAUCGCACGGCAUCAUCAACCUGGUGCUGGAGAUGGAGGUGCAGCACCCGCUGUGCCGCCCGCUGGGCAGCGGCGAGCCCCAGACGCACCCGUUCGUGUGCAUGUCACCGCCUGCGCCCGUGGCCGGUGUCAAUGUCACCGCCUACGCCCGUGACCGGUGUCAGUGUCACCGCCUGCUCCCGUGA